UGUGAUUGGCCACACCCACUUCAUCCCUGGAGCCACGCCCACGUCAUCCCUGGAUCCCAGUGCACAGGACCGAGUGCCAGGCCAACCACCGGACACUGAGCACGGCACAGGCAUCCCGCCAUGACGUCACUGUGUGGGACCUCAGUCAGGGCACAACGGAGGAAGGUUAUAUUUCUGAACGCCUGCAUUCUACUAAUAAGUACGCUGAUGACUGUACAAUCUGUACCAAUAGACAAGAGCAAGGUGGCAGAGGAAAGCCCCACAGGUGGACAGCCUGCUCAGUCUUCAGACACUGGAUUAUUUUAUGAUCGCUAUCUCCGGGAAGUGGUUGAAGUGCUGGAAACAGAUCCACAUUUUAGAGAAAAGAUUCAAUCUGCUGACAUUGAAGACAUUAAGAGUGGUAAAAUUAGCAAAGAGUUAGACUUGGUGAGCCACAAUAUCCGAACUAAACUGGACGAGCUCAAGAGGCAAGAAGUGGCGAGACUACGAGUGCUUAUUAAGGCAAAGAUGGAUGCAUCUGAAAAGACUGGUAUUGAUCACCGAAAGCUGCUCAAGCAAUUCGACCACCUUAACCAUUACAACCCACACUCCUUCGAACCAAAGGACUUGGAUCUUCUGAUCAAAGCAGCGACAAAAGAUUUGGAGAAUUACGACAAAGAACGUCACGAUGAGUUCAAAAGGUAUGAAAUGAUGAAGGAACAUGAAAGGAGAGAAUAUCUAAAAUCCCUUGAUGAGGAAAAGAGAAAGAUCGAGGAAGCAAAGUAUGAAGAAAUGAGGAAAAAGCACAAAGAACAUCCAAAAAUUAACCAUCCUGGAAGCAAAGACCAGUUUAAGGAAGUAUGGGAGGACGCAGAUGGCCUUGACCCAACUGAUUUCAACCCAAAGACGUUCUUUAAGUUGCAUGACACUAACAGUGAUGGUUUCUUAGAUGAACAAGAAUUGGAAGCUCUAUUCACAAAAGAGUUGGAAAAGGUUUAUGACCCUAAAAAUGAAGAGGAUGACAUGGUAGAAAUGGAGGAAGAAAGAUUAAGAAUGAGAGAGCAUGUCAUGAACGAGAUUGACAUUGACAAGGACCGUCUCAUCAAUCUAGCUGAAUUUCUGAGAGCUACAGAAAAAAGAGAGUUUUUGGAACCAGAUGGAUGGGAGACUGUAGACCAGCAGCAGCUUUAUACUGAAGACGAACUGCAAGAAUUUGAAAAGCAGAUUGCUGAACAAGAGCGAGAAUUGCAGAAGAGAGCGGAGAACCUUUACAGACAGAGAGAGGAUCUGCAAAAACAACAUGAUCUCAUCCAGGCCCAAAAGCAAGAACUACACCAGGUUGUGCAACAAAUGGAACAAAAGAAAAUGCAACAAUCUAUUCCCCCAUCUGUACCAGAUGCAAGCCUUAAUUUCCAACCAGCUGGUGAACAAGGAGCUCAUUUGGUAUCUCAGCAAAUAGGAAAUACUCAACCGUUAUCCCCAGGACAUUUACCAGAAGCUGGAGUGGCACAGAGCCAUCAAGGCUCAUAACCAUCUAGCAAAGCAUUAUACUUUGUCAGUUACUGCCAAGAUUAUGAUGGAAUGAUCAUGUCCAAAGUCAACCUUUACAUUCUUUUUAGAAAUGAUGUUAUCUCAGAAACAUGAGAAUUUUAUUUGAUUCUAGUGUUUAUAAUCAAGACAUCAUUUGAGAAAUGCUUCUGAAGAAUAUGUACAGACAUGAUAUAUAAGGAGAGCUCAGUAUUUGAUUUCUAAGUUUGAACCCACACAAUUGAAUUAUCCCCUUCCCGACCAAUGAUGGCGUAAUUGCAUCAUGGUUAUCCAUCCAUUAAAAACCUGUGACAAAAUAGUUCCGUCAUACUGCAAAAUUCACUGUGGGACCUGUGAUCGCUGGGUCAUCGUCCACUGGGACAACUAGUCACAACGAUGAUGGACUGUUCUUUGUAGAUGUCUGAACUGCCUCUCUCUUCCUCACUCUUUGUUGUGAAGUGGAGAGAAAUCCAUCAGACUGAUAUUUUGUAUGUCUGGUGUGAAAAGUAUAUUAAAAUUGGCAAACACCUUUUCAGUUUCUUUUGAAGAAAAUCAACCUUUCUCCUGUCUUGUGAUCACUGCUUGCAGCACAAGUACAGAUCAGAGUUGUUUAGUGUGUUUGUUUGUUUUAUCACCAUGUUUAGCACUGGAAGUUAAAUGUAUUAUUAAUAUUAUUUUAUUAUGGUGAUUUAGAUUAUUGGGGUGGGUGGUAGAUGUGAAAUUGAGUAGUUUAGUGUUAUUAAAAGUUAAAAGAAAACA